GUUUAAAUAUUUUCUUAGUACAGUUACAGUUAAAUAGUACAUUAUUUAUCGAAAUAAUCAUAUGGCCUCUUUAUGAAAUCAAAUGAUCGUUACCGAAGGAUCAAUAUAGAUAUAACAUAUUACACACACACAAAGAAAGAGAAGGCAAAGAUGAAUCAAGAAAACAUGAGGACGCACCAAAGAUCUGAUAUUUCUUCUCAAAACAGAUUCAUAUGUUCCAUUUGCUUGAACCAAAGACCAGCAAAUAUAUUAAGAAACGACGAAAUCAAUAAACAUGCUGCAAAAUCGUGUCCUAUUUGUCAAUGUGGAGUCCCUAUUUAUACUGAUCAUUCCGAUACUACAAAAGCAGAUACUUGUGAUAAAUUUAAAACAAAGCACGUACAAACAUCACAGACAGAUAUUCCACAUAGCAUUACUUUACUGAACGAAGUUUUAAACGCAUUUCAGGCUAAAAAGAGUUUUGAUGUUACAGCCAAAACAACCAAAGAUGCAAGUGUUAAUACGAAUCCAGUUAAACUUAUUAGAAAAACUAAUUUAUCGAUCAGUGAAACAUUUCAUUAUUCAAUCGAAGGUACGAAUAGAGUAAACGGUGAGAAGUUCACUAUCUUAAACUAUGAACCGCAAGUUGAAAAGAAGAUAUCAUUAUGUAAACAUAAAUCAUCAUCAAUACCACAAAUGAAAUUGGAAGAACUGAAACACUCUCUGAAGGAAAAAACUAAAUCUAAAGAUGCGAUAGAAGAAGUGAAUCGAAUGUUCGCUACAGUACGUAAAUUGGACGAUCGUAGUGAUUCCAAUAGACCGUUGAUUCGUAGUGGUCCUCGUAUCCUACCAGUUGUAAAAACUGAAAACUAUGAAGAAGUCGAUACAAAAAUACACCAUGAAGAAAGAAAAAUAAACCAAGAAUAUGAAAUGUCGAGUGGAGAUUCCGGAUUGAAAAUGAACACAAAAAGAAACCGAAUAGAACGAUGUUGCAAAUUCGAAAAGUGCGCUGAAUGUAUGUACAUGUGUUACCAGUAUCAACAUUAUAAAUCUGGAAUUUGUGAACAUUGUAGAUUACACAAACUUGAGAUGCGUGAACGAAUUUGA